AUGCAGCCACCGGUGGCGAAGGAGACUGGGCAUAGGGGCCCGCAGGAUCGGGCCGGGAAAAACGCGCCAGGGUCAGGGCCCCGCGAAGGGCGUGCGAAGAGGGCACCCCCGGUCGAGCCACCCAAGCCGGGCUGGGCGCUGACGCUGGAGAAGCUGACGGCCAUGCAGCCCCCGCAGCGCCAUCGUCACCUGCUUUUCUGCGAUCUGCUCGAGGACGUGAGCGCGGCUGCGUCCAUCUUCCCGCGCCACUCGCUGGAGCUGGUGGACCGCAUGCCCGACCCUCGUAUGUGGAUACAACCAUUGGAGCUGCCCGAACUACGACAGAACCGGCUUCUGGGUGUCCUCAAAGCUGCCGAGGCCCGUGGGCGGGUCCGCGCCCUACGGCUUCGCUACACCCGCAUGCGGGCCGAAGAGAUUUCACUCCUCAUCCAGAGGCAAAAGUCCGUGAGAGCUGCCAUACGGCUGGAGGUGUUCCUGCCACCGCACCUGAAACCCAAAAGGAUCCCGGACCCUCUGGACAGGCAAGAGCGGAGGCGAGUGGAGACCAUUCUGGAAGAAAACGUGGACGGCAGCAUCUUUCCACGCUGA